CGCUAGCAUCCCGCGGCGUAGUCAUGGUGACAUUGGCGCCUCGUCUACAUGCCACCAUGAAAGCACGACGCCUUUAUGGCUACCUUGAAUCUCUUGCUCGCUUGCUCUUCGCUUCAGCUCACACCCAGCUUGUCUCUUGUCUUCGUUUCACCGUCCCCAAGCCACCAGAUCUGCCUAUCAUGUCCUCUCGUCCCCACGUCGACCCUCUUCUCGAGCCCAGGCGGCAGGUUGCCCUCCCCGACUCACCCCCCCUCACUCCUCCACAGUUCAAGGACCAGUUCGGCGUGUCUUCCGUGUCCUCUGUCCCCUCCGCUCCUUCCGCUACGCGCGCGUCUCGACCUGCGCCCGUCACUCUCUCAGACUACGACCGUGCUGAGCGCGGCCCCCUCAGCCCCGAGGACAUCCCGCGCCAGGCGGGACACAUCGGCCUCGGCCUCGGCUUUGACAACGUGUCCACAGCGUACAUGGCGCCUAAAACCAACACGGCCGGCGACCUGCUGCGCGCCGUCAAAGGCGGCCCGCUGACGGGAAUGUGGGUGCGCGUGCCCCGGCGAGUGCGCCCCAUCCUGCUGGCCGCCACAUCACUCGCCGCGAUCAUGCUCAUCUUCAUCUCGCGCUCCGUGGCUGCUCCCGCCGUGCCGCAGUACGCCCCCGCGGCCGGCUUCCGCCGCAACUACGACCUGUACUCGAUCAACGACGAGGUGCCCGAGGUCGUGAUCCACCGGCCGCCGCCGCCCGUGCCCAGCGCCAACGCCCUCGUCUUCGAGUCGCCGCGCGACGAGCUCCUGGCCCUGAUCGGCUUCGUCACCGCCGCGACGGGCAACUCGCUCCCGGCGUCCGUGGACCCGUCCGAGACGAUCGACAUGGACGUGCUCGUCGGCUUCGACCCCGCGGCGCCGGACGCGGCCAACGACCUCGAGUUCCUCAAGGACGAAGUGAUUGCACAGUACCCGCUCGUGCUGUUCGGCCGCAUGCGCGACCCAUGGCACCAGGAGCUGGUGCGCGCGCUGGACCAGUGGACGAUCGUGCCCGCGCCCCUCAUCGUCGAGGUCGACGAGCGCGGCGACAUGGCGACGUUUGAGCCCGUGCUCGAGCGCCUCCUCGGCAGCGCCGAACCCCAGCUCGUGCUGGCAGGCACGUCGCUCGGGUCCGCGCAAGACUUGUUGGGCGGCGACAUCGAGGAGCUGCGCGGCAAGCUGGUCGACUCGAAGCUCGUGAGCGUGUCCCCGGCCAAGAAGAAGAAGAAGCACGCAGCCCAGGUCGAGAAGGAGCGCAACCACCGCGUCCUCCGCCCACAGGGCAUGGGCGAGUACUAGUCGCGGCGAGCACGCCGUAUACUCGCUAAGUGCGGCUCCAGCUGCGGCUGAGGCUGAGGCCGAGACGUGAAGCAGAAGCUGGAGACCGCGAUUCACAUCAAGCGCGCUCGCCGCAGCUCCACCCCAUGUCAUGUUCACGAUCACGACGCAUAGACGCGCACCGCUGUUGUACCAUACCAUUAGACUGC